UGGUUGUUCUUUGUUUUCGAGGCUACACACCUUCGAAAUUUUUCUUCAAUGUUGGAGACCCUAAAACAGAUAAGCCUGUGAAAUUCUCCUCCGCCAUGUCCCUCCUUCUCCGCUCCCUUCCGGCGGUCGCCCUCUGCGCCAAAUCCUCAAUUCCGCUGCGUCUUCCUCUCCUCUUCCUCACCUUCCGCCGCCUUAAUUCGAAUCCACCUAAACUCCUCCACAAACGCGCCUUCUCCUCCAUUUACGCUUCCGCUUCCCCUUCUGAAACUCUCAGCGUCCCCACUCCCAAGCAGCCAUUCCCUCCUUCUGCCGAAGAACUCGAAUGGGUGAAUCGAACCGCUCUCUGCGGCGAAUUGUCGGAACAAUUUGCUGAUGCUUCGAAGAAAUUUUCUGAACAUGUUGGAGACCCUCCUUUAGGUUGUAAUGUGAAUGAUCCUGGACGAAUAAAGACUGGAGGUGCAAAAACGUGCUAA